AUGUCUAUUGACAUCGACGGGUUUGAUGUAUCUGAUGCGCCUGCUGUUGGCACCCCUGAAGAGCACGGAAUCAGAGCAAAUGAAUUCUUGCGGGCAGUUUUGACCUUAGAUUUGUCGAAACUUUUAGCCACAGAGAUUGCUUGUGGUGAAUCUGAUGGAAGCAAUCUAUUUGACAAAAUUCUUCCAACAGAACACAACAAUGGGGCUCAAACAGCGGAUGCAAGCGACAGCUUAAAUAGUACACAAGUUUUGACCUCAAAUUGUGUACAGUAUGCAUCGUAUUUAAGCCUGCAGGCUACUGUAAUAAAGUCUGGGCUCAAAUAG